AUGGAGGAGCUUUUUACUCAGCUUUAUGGAAAAGACAGCCCAGUGUACGCCAACUGGAAUGACCAUGUCAAGCGUUCAAUUGGGAAGGCUCACACCCUGACUCUUCUGGACGCAGCUGCAAUCACUCCUCCGUCAUAUUGGUCUGAGGAUAUUAGAGCCACAGUAGAAGCCUUCACUGCACUUCUUGAAGCCUUCCACAAUGUCAAGGGAAUUGUCUGGACUGAUUACCCAUACGAUGACGCUCUUGAUGGCUGCCUCGGUCGAUGCAACGACUACGCCUUCAUCCAGCGACUUAUAUUCAACGAGUGUCGUCUUUACGGAAAGUCGCUAGACGAUUACGAAGCUAGCAUGCGUCAAAUACGGGAGAAAUUCGGUAUACCAGUGGAAUUCGAUCUCAACGAAGAACUGCAACGGAUUAAGAUGGCCUAUAACCAGCAACACUACGAAAUCGAAGAAAGGUUAUCGGAAGCGUCAGAAAUGGAACGGGUAGGCCCGAUGAUUCCUGUCACCGAUGUGUCCACAGAGAUAGAGGACCCAGAAGGCGUGGACUGCGUAGUUUGUCGGUCUGACAUCUGCCCUUUCCCCGGAGUACUGACUGUUCCUUGCCAACAUGCUUAUCACAAGGAGUGUCUGGAACUCUGGAUUCAUGCUGGGCAAGGGGCUAGCCAUCUUUGCCCCUACUGUCGCACAGAGUUAUUUCCCGAACCGGAGUAUCGGGAACUUUUUCGCAACUACGAGGAAGAGCGUGACGACAUUGAGGACCAAAUGUACUGGCACUCUUGGAUACAGAAGUCGGCGGAGUGGUUUGAGGGUGAACUGACCAUGCAGAGGGGGUAUGAGAGGUCAGAGACGAAGAACCUACGAGACAUGCGCAAGUUCGGGUAUAGGCACAAGAACCCCAAAGACGUACUUUCCAUGACACCCGCGGAGCUGCGGAAGCUAGAGCAACAGCACUUUCCAAGUACAGCAAACAACACUCGUCUCACCGGCAUGAGCGACGAAGAGACGGAUCAGCAAGCCGAUGCCGCGCGGCGGUGGCUAUUGGGUAUGCUCGACUGCCAUGACAGAACUAUGACCCGGGAACACGAGAUAAGAAUGUUUAGAUUCGCUGUGGAGAAGCAAAUGGAAGAACGAGAAAAGGACUGGACUGAUCUGGAACGACUGUACAUGGCACUCGCAAACUACAAUCUCGCAUCGCCGCAAGAGCGAUUGCAGGCAGCCUUCGUGACAGUUCUUCACUUUGACUACCCGCAACGCCGGCGAGAUGUUAGUGAGGUCGUCCAAAAGCUUGACGAGCGUCUGAAGCGUGCCUCUGACAUGGACGCCGGAAUAGAAGAGACACGCGAGGUUAUACUCGCCAGGACUGAAUUUACCAACGUCGACCAUUUCGCGUGCGCCAUUCCACUUUCACUACUCACCGUCACAGCAGACAACACUUCUGUGGUCGAUGACAAUGCCGGCUGCUGCCCGAUCUGCCAACUCUCAUACACCUCAUUCCAAGACUCCUCUGUCCUACAACUGUUGGGUGACUAUCCAGUGCGAAUCAAGCAGUGCGGUCAUACCAUUGGGAAGUCGUGUCUAGAGCAGUGGAUGAGGACGCCAAAGAUCGAUGAGGCAAAAUACCCACAUCGCACAUGUCCGUGCUGCCGCGUCAAGAUCGAAGGUGUGAAGUCGCCCUCAAAACCUCGCGGGCUACUCGAUCAUUUGAAGACCGAUCGACGAGCCAUGGAGACAGUAAGAGAGUUGCUGUACGGGUACGACAUGGACCUCGAAGAGUGUCUGAGUGCAAUCAGCGCGUGUAUGAGCGAAGAGAUCGCCUGCGAGGAGCUGGUGGCUGAGCUUGUACGGAAUGGUGGAGAGCAAGACGACCAGAUACUGAAGGACAAACUUGCGAAUCUGGAGAAGGAGAAACGGGCUUGGGGAUUUAGGGGAAAUGGAAUUUGGAAGAGACUGCGAGAGGAAUGGAUGAACAGCGGUGUCACCCGGAAGGCUUGA